UUCAGUCGUGUGCUCUUCUGACUGCGUCCGUCCUGAAGGAGAGUCAUGGCAGCUUCAGAUCUCUUUAAAACUCUAUUAUACACAGUCAACAAUCUCCUGCAACAACACAAAUAUAAAUCUGCUCUGGCAGUCGUCAAAGGCUUCAGGAAUGGAGCUGUAUAUGGGGCUAAAAUUCGUGCCCCUCACGCCCUAGUGAUGACGUUUCUGUUCAGAAGUGGCAGUCUGAGAGAGAAGUUGAGGGCGAUCGCUCAGGCCACAUACACUCACUCCAGGAAUCUAGCCUGCUUUGUGUUCACCUAUAAAGGCCUGCAGGCUCUCCAGCAGCGCUUGCAGGGAAGACCACUGCAGUCGCACUCGUUUCUCGCUGCCUGUGUUGGAGGCUGGCUGGUGUUUGGAGAAAAUAACAACAUCAACAGCCAGAUAAAUAUGUAUCUGCUGUCCAGGAUUCUCUUUGCUUUGUCUCGACUGGCCGUGGAAAAAGGCUUCAUCCCGCAGCCCAAGAAAGACCCGUUCCCGCUGUUUGCUGCGCUGGUGUGGGGAAUCGUGCUCUGGCUGUUUGAGUAUCAUCCUCACACGCUUCAGCCGUCCCUCCAGUCCUCCAUGAACUACCUCUACCACGACAGCAACACAUGGCAUGACAUUUCAGACUUUCUCAUCUAUAACAAACCAAAAACUAAAUGAGAUACCGACAAGUCUAAGCUCUUGCAUUAAACCAUAGAAUCUAGGAAAAUAAGAGACCACUUUAAAGUUUUUUUUGUUUUUUGUGUUGUAUUGAAGGGUUUAAUUACUUUACCUUUAUUUAUGACACUUAGAAAUCGGAGCUAUAUAACCUUGACCGUUUUUAAAACUGUGCUGCCUUACAUGUUACAGGUUGCACUGAAUGACUUCUUUGCACAUUGUCUAGAUUGUUUGCUCCACUUUAAAUGAGAUUUACACUUCAUGAUAACUUUGUUAAACCAUCAUGUAAGAAAAGAAAGAAAACAUGAUUUUAAAUCGCUCAACAACAAUUUCAGGCCACAUUUCACCCUAAAAUAAUGCGUUUUUUAAAAAACGCAGCAUUAACACAUGUUAGACUGC